UCCCCACUGACAACACGCUGCUCAUUGUUAGUUCCACAACCUCCCCUUCGCGCAAGGCAGGGGCGCGUUUGAAAGGGGACUGGCUGGCUGCGUGGAAGGUUGGCUAGUUGCUAGGCAUGCCUAAUGGCACUCGCGGCGGGCGAGCGCAGUCCAUGUGAAACGGGGAGAGAGACAAGCCGUCUGCUCUCGCUUCUCUGCUGCUAGGGCUGCCAAAACUCGCCUCACUCAGUCGCUCCUUCACUGUGAUAUGCGCCGCUCCGUCUAAAGUCACAAGUCGACGCCCGCCCGAACGCUAGGAUGGCUCUUUGCAGCUCCCACAAAGGGGAACUGAGAGCACACAGCCAAGGCAUGUUGGUGGCUUGAAAAUGGCCUCGCCCACAUCGACGCCCGAAUCAGCAAGUUUGUUUGACAGCCAAAGCAUCGAGCACUCCGUGUCGCACCUGAAGCCGGUGGAGCAGCUGAAGAAGACUUCAGCGUUCAGCAGCACCGAAGAAGGCAGCAGCACCUCGUCGAGCCGCACCGUCAGUGAGUGCAGCGCCUCUGGCCACAGCAGCCCCCGAUGUCCGGAGGCCGGCUGUGAGAAGAGCGACUGCUGCUGCGACCCGCACCUCCUGCCCAGGGGCAUCACCGAGCUUUUGUCCGACCUCGGCCUCCUCGAGUCGGAACCGCCGCCGCCGCCCCAGAGCUUCGCCAAUCGCUCCUGCACCGGCUGCAAGAGCAGGGACUCACCGGCCGUCGGACGCUGUCUCGACUGCGCCAACCUGCUCUGCGGCAACUGCGUCAUGGCGCACCAAUUCAUGCACUGCUUCGAGGGCCACCGCGUCGUCAGCCUCGAGGGCAAGGACGAGCCCAGAAAAGACAAGGUGGUCAGCUGCCCCCGCCACAAGAGUGAGCAACUGAAACUGUACUGCCGCGCGUGCAGCAUGCCCGUGUGCGCCGAGUGCACCGCGAUGGAGCACCCCGGCCACGAGACGGAGCACAUCAGCGACGCGGCCGCCAAACACGUCGAAUACGUGACCCAGCUGGUGCAAGAGGCUAAGGGCAAGGCGGCCGACCUGCGCAACGUGCUCAAGACGGUCGACUACGACUCGCAGCGUCUGCAAAUGCAGCACCACAAGGCGCAGAACGAGAUCAACGAGACCUUCCAGUUCUACACCUCCAUGCUGGAGGAGCGCAAGCAGGAGCUGCUCAAGGAGCUCGAGUCUGUCUACAGCAACAAGUCGGUCACGCUCAGUGUCACCUCCCAGAAGUGUCAGGAUAAGGUGGACAAGUUGUACCAGACAUGCGAAUUCCUGGAGCGCAUGCUCAAGCAGGGGCAGACCACGGAACUGCUGAUGUUCAAGAAGCUGCUGGACCAGAAGAUGCACACCCUGAUGGCGUUCAACCCAGAGCCGCUGCAACAGUCCGUGUGCGACCUUGAGUUUGUGUCCAAUUACCAGGCCAUCCAGGUGGGCGUGCGCAACACCUUCGGCUACGUGCGCAACGCAGACAUGGCCCUGGCGCCGGGAAAGAUGGCGCCUAUAGCGCGUCCGACCGCUGCCAACCUUUCAGUCAUCGGAGCUCACCUGAACGGCGGCUCCUCGCUGGCCAGCACCUCGAGCACCUCCUCACUCAACAGCCUCAACUCGGCCAGUCUCCUGCAGUCGACGGUCAUCGACAAGUCUUACACCAGCAGCCUCUUCGGCGACUCUCUGUCCAAACCGUUCGCCACCUCUGUCGGCAACUUUGGUUCGGCCAACAUUCUGUCCUCAAGUUCCUUUGGUGACCUGAACCUGAACAACAGCAGCGGCACCACCACCGGACUGGACCCCUACCAGAAAUGGUCCAACGGCGGCUCGGACAGCAUCUUCCACCACUCGGACGCGCCCUCCCCGGCCUUCCUCACCCCAGACCCCCUGGAGCUGACCUCCAAACUCAUGUCCACUACUAUUUUCCCACCCAAGUCGCAGAUCAAGCGCCAGAAGAUGAUAUACCACUGCAAGUUUGGUGAGUUCGGAGUCAUGGAGGGCCAGUUCACGGAGCCGAGCGGCGUCGCUGUCAACGCCCAGAACGACAUCAUAGUGGCCGACACCAACAACCACCGCAUCCAGAUCUUUGACAAGGAGGGCCGCUUUAAGUUCCAGUUUGGAGAGUGCGGCAAACGCGACGGGCAGCUUCUGUACCCCAACCGGGUGGCCGUGGUCAAGCCCUCGGGAGACAUAAUUGUCACCGAGCGCUCGCCAACGCAUCAGAUACAGAUCUACAACCAGUAUGGCCAGUUCGUGCGCAAAUUUGGCGCCAACAUUCUUCAGCACCCCAGAGGUGUCACCGUGGACAACAAGGGACGCAUCGUGGUUGUGGAAUGCAAGGUGAUGCGCGUCAUCAUAUUCGACCAGGGCGGCAAUGUUCUGCAGAAGUUCGGCUGCUCGAAGCACCUCGAGUUCCCGAACGGCGUAGUGGUCAACGACAAGCAGGAGAUAUUCAUCAGCGACAACCGCGCCCACUGCGUCAAGGUGUUCAACUACGAGGGCACCUACCUGCGUCAGAUCGGCGGCGAAGGCAUCACCAACUACCCGAUCGGCGUGGGCAUUAACCUGUCGGGCGAGAUCCUAAUCGCCGACAACCACAACAACUUCAACCUGACCAUUUUCACGCAGGACGGCCAACUUGUGUCGGCGCUCGAGUCCAAGGUCAAGCACGCACAGUGCUUUGACGUCGCCCUGAUGGACGACGGCUCUGUCGUGCUGGCCUCCAAGGACUACCGCCUGUACAUUUACCGUUACGUUCAAGUUCCUCCCUCGGGAAUGUAAAAUUCGCGCGCAUACUCGAAAACAUAUCUUCGGCCAUUCGAUAGUGAUGAUGAAUCGUUGAUUAUUGCAAAUUGUGCCAACACACAUUGAUUACCCCUCCCCCCUGGUUAUAUAUCAAAACUAUUAUUGUUUCCGCCCGGUGCGGCGGCCGUCGUCGCCUUUGCCUUGAUUGUUUCUUUUUUUCCAGAGCAGUGCCGAUCGAACACUCUUUCGAUUCUUGCAAGUCAAGUCCCCGGAUAUUGAAUUUUUGAAGCUCAAAGCGAGGCCCCAGAGGCCGCUUGCCCGUUAUUUUCAGGACAACAUUUUGAAUUGAUCGAUUAUAUUUUAACUUUUUGUUUUGUUGAUUGUUAAGUUUGGCGCGGGCAGACGCGCGGCUGGCGCGCAGAUAGUCUAUUUAAAAAUUUGCAAAAACAAACACGGCGCACAAUUUACAUCGGUUUUUUCCCCGGCACUGAUUUACCACAAUCAAAUUCAUGAAAAAUGAAGCAAACUGUCCAUUCCAGCCGCCAGCCAGGUCUGUCCGCCGCCCGAGAAGCCUAUGCAUUGUGUAUUCGCGGCACUGCCCGCCCUUUUGAUUUUUGCGAGCCGGAACCGCGCACGCGCAGUCCCCCGUCCCAUGGAAUCUCAGCACAUGCGCGCGGGGAACGAUCGGAACCGGCGCUCGCACGCGCACAUGCCCGCGACUUUUAUUUUGAGUUUUGGGAUGCCUCUCACUUUUAAAAUCCCCGCACACAGGAUCUCAAUUACGAAGAAUUCCCCAUUAAUUUUUUUUACCACACUGAUAAGAGAAACUUUGUUGCUGUUAUUAUUACUACUAUUUGUUUGAUUUUAUGAUUAAUAUAUUCAUUUUAUUUUUGAUAAAAAUUCACGACGAGAUGAGAUGAAUAAAGAAUGAUUGCGGCGAGCCGCUCGCGCUCGACGGAGGGCUCGAACGACAAUUAUUACGAGAAUCAACGCAUUUGACUAAUGUUAGCUUAAGUAUUAUAAUGAUCUUAACUUAUUAAUAACUUGUCAACUUAAUAAUUGUUUGUAAACGAACGAGGCGAGAAAUUUCUUGGAGAAACGCAGAGACACACUCUCUAUCUCUCUCACACACAUACACACAUAAACACACACACGCAACACGAUGGAUAAUUAUAAAUGAUUGGAGUAUAUUAUAGUAGUUUUGUAUAGUGUAACAUGAUGAUGUGUACUUCACAAGCAGAAUGGAGUCUAAAAAUGCGAACCAAGACCUUUGGCAUGAUUUUGAUGAUUGUUCUGUUUCAAAGUCUGCCUUCCUUGUUGACCCAAAGUUAUUACGUGCUAUUUUAGGAAUUGAAACAAGACGAAAAAAGAAAUAACAAAAGAAACAAAAUGAGGAAAAGCAAGCAAAUUCCAUGCUCAUGCCAAUCAUUUUUAUUGACAAUGAUAUGUGGUCCAUUGAUUAACUCUAUAUACUCUAUUUUUCUAAAAGUAUUUGAAACUACUGCUUCUCCUUUACCCUCUAAGAUAUAAAAUCGUAGUAGUGUUGAUAUAUAUCGUAGGCAACCUCAAGUUAACAGAGUAAGUUUUUGAGAUUUUAUAUAAGACAAGACAAAAGGAAAAAAUGAAACAGAAGAAACUGAAAAAAAUUUCAUUUUUCACACCACUGCUCUCAAAUUAAAAGUAAAACAUAAUUAACAAUGAAGAAGCUGAUGAUGAUGAAAGAAACAAAUUAUAGUGCUCUUUGAUGCUGCUGAUAAUAAUGAAUUUAAAAAUAAUCUCGAUUGUUAUUGUUUAUGUUUUCGUUUGAAUUUAAUUUUCUUUAAAAAAUUGACUAGUCACAGGUUUAUUUUUAUAGCCGUGUAGACAGCACAUACACACACAAACACCACCCACGCCACCACAAACCAACCAACCAACCAACAAAACCCAUUUUCUCUCUAUCACACACUCCCAUCUCUCUAGUGACAGACAAACUGAACGGUUUAAUUAAAAGUAACAAGUAAGUAAUACAUUGCUCGUUUUGUGUCAUGAGGUUGGAAAAUUAUAAUAAUAAGUAUCUGUCUCUCAUUCGUCUCUCGUAAAAGCAGCGUUAGACAAUAUAGACGAAAUUUAUCAACUGUUGGUAUCAACUCGUUACUUCAUGCAAGGGUUCUUAUAUGUUACUUAAAUUAUUAUUAUUAUAUUUUUUAAUUUAUAAGCAGGCAGCAUAAAUAUUUUGUAAUGUAACCGUGGCACUCGCAUUGCUGGCUGACUCUUUGUAUAAUUGUAAGGCGAUUGCAUUUAUUAGCUGAGGAUGAAAAUUAUUAAGAAAAUAAUACCAUGCCGACGGAGAAAAACAACUACUGUUUAAAAUUAAAAUUAGAAUGAGAGUUGCAUAAAAAAAGUGAAAUGGAAAAAACGCACUCAAACAUAUGUAAUUGAAGAUGAGAAAAUUCUGAGGUCCAAGUUGAGAAUCAAAUGAUUAUUAUUACACUGUAAUUUAAAGACCACACACUCACACACACACACUCAAAACUAUUGCUCGAUAUGAACAACAAACAAUAUUUGUAUUUAUGAAGGAAAAUUGCUUCUGGUUUUUUGAUGAAUUGAUAAGAAAUGACUCUAAAAAAGUUGGUAGUUUUGGAAAUAAUGUUGUGCAAUUUAGAGUGUCCGUUAGUUGAAUCAUCUAUAUCUUUCGCUCUCCCCGUGUCAGUGGCUUAACUAAGAUUAAUAAUCGAUUUUCAUUGAUGAAGAAAAAAACACACACUGGUUACGACUGCCAAUGCGAAUGCUUGGUUAGGAUUUGUUAAUUUUUUGAUGAUGAUAAAAAAAAUAAGACGAAAUAAGGAAUGAAGCGUGCAAAAUAUUAUACGAUCAACUUGUUUUUCUCUCGCGCGUAAAACCACAGUAUCACACACUAGCACUCACAGUGUCAAGUAUUUAUUGUAAUGUGUGUUUUUUAUUUAGAUGCCCAUCUCCAGAGCGGACGCUGGGCUCAUAUAAUUAUUUUUGUUCCUGUUGAAAUUUACAAGGAAUAAAUUUUGUACUGUACUAAAUCGC